ACAUGGUAUACUCCAUAGCUCGUAUCUCUCACUAUCCUCCUUUCAGACUAUGAAAACUCUCUCUCUCUCGCUCCCUCUGUCUGAUGGUUUUGUCGUUCUUACCUCUGUUGGCCACUGCAGAAAGGAAGAAGCAUGGAUGAAGGGCUGUUGGAGAACACGAAGUUGAAGGAUUAAAUUAUGGACCAUCGCUGAAGCAAGUCAGGCAUGGUGCAAGGGGGAGAAGAGCCCGGGAUGAUGGGAAAUCAUAGAGUUGGUGAAACCAGCCUUUCUAAUUCCGGACCUUCAAAUCAGGCUCCAACUUAUGGAAUCCAUGGCACCAAGGCUGCUGCCGCCAAUUUCUUUGAUCAUGGGCGAACUGGUUACUUUGGGGAGCUGGAAGAGGCUCUCAUGCAGGGAGUUGAUGGCAUUAGAAGCGACGGAGGUGGAAAGGAUUAUUUCACAACGAGACUCCCCACACUUGAGAUCUUCCCCUCCUGGCCAAUGAGAUUCCAGCAGAACCCCAGAGGGAAUUCACAGUCAGCAGGGAGCACUGAUUCAGGCUCAGCUCAGGUCACAAUAUCUCAGCUGGAAUCAGAGUCUCCAGUUAGCAGGAAGGCCUUCUCAGAGAAGUCAGCUGAGCAGCAGCAGCAGCAGCAAGGGAUGAUGGCUAGUGAUGCCUCCAGGGCAGGAGCAGCACCAAAUUAUCAGCAUGGAGCCCAAGAGAAGAAGAGGAUGGGUGGUUCAACUACAGGGAAAGAUACCAAGAUGCUUGAUGCUAAGACCUUGAGGCGCUUAGCUCAAAAUAGAGAAGCAGCAAGGAAGAGCCGACUAAGAAAAAAGGCAUAUGUGCAGCAGCUAGAGUCUAGCAGAAUUAGGCUUCAGCAAUUGGAACAAGAACUCCAGAGAGCAAGAUCACAGGGUCUGUUCUUGGGAGGAGGCAGUGCAAGUGGAGAUCUCAGCUCUGGUGCAGCAAUGUUCGACAUGGAGUACGCCCGAUGGUUGGAUGAUAACAGCAAGCAUAUGUCUGAGCUCCGAGGUGGAUUGCAGGCUCACCUGCCGGACGGCAAUCUUGCCGUCAUCGUCGACGAGUGCAUUGCUCACUACGACGAGCUCUUCCGGUUGAAAGGCGUCGCAGCAAAAUCCGACGUCUUCCACCUCUUGACCGGCAUGUGGGCAACACCUGCAGAACGGUGUUUCCUGUGGAUGGGUGGAUUCAAACCCUCCGAGCUUCUCAAGAUACUGAUGCCUCAGCUGGACCCAUUGACGGAGCAGCAACUAAUGGGGAUAUGCAACCUUCAGCAAUCAUCGCAGCAGGCAGAGGAAGCCCUUUCGCAGGGUCUCGAGCAGCUCCACCAGUCCUUGGCGGACACAGUUGCAGGUGGAUCUCUCAGCGACGGUGCCGACAUCACAAAUUACAUGGGUCACAUGGCCAUUGCAUUAGGAAAGCUUGCCAACCUUGAAGGAUUCAUCCAGCAGGCGGACAAUUUGAGACAACAGACCAUACACCAGAUGCGCCGGAUCUUAACAAUUCGACAAGCAGCAAGAUGUUUUCUAGCAAUUGGAGAGUAUUAUAGCCGCCUGCGUGCUCUCAGCUCCUUCUGGUCUUCUCGCCCUCAAGAGAACUUGAUCCCGAACGAGAGUGUUUGCCCUACGACGACAGACCUGCAAAUAGUUCAUCAUCCGAUUCACCAUCAUUUUUCUGCCUUCUGACUGAUUCAUUGAGAAGAUGGUAGAGUUGUCCAAAUCCAGUGUUAUAAAACUCCUGCCUACCUUUAUUUGGAGAAAGUGAGAGUGGGUUUAUCCAACCAUUCAAAGAGGUCCCUAGUCAUGUGGCUCAUGAGGAGGAUGAAGGGUUUUAGGAGCAAAGAGAGAAAAACGAAGACAAAAAAGUAGGCAGGAAAGACAUGACAUGGAGUAUAAUAUUACUAAUGUGUAUAAUAUAAACAUAUAUAUAUAUAUAUAUAUAUAUAUAUAUAUAUAUAUGGUUCAGUAUGAAAUAUUCUGCAUUAUAUUAUUUACAAGUUGCAUUGGAUAAGGACAAGUUAGAACGGUUGAGUUCAAUUGAUGCGCCUUUAUGUAGGUGUAGUUGCAACGAAUUCCCCUACUUUCUGAAAUGGAAAAUGCUUUAUAGACCCCUUAGUUUUUGACAAAUUAUGAGGGGUAAAAUAGGUAAUAAAACUCUUUAUGAACUUUCUACACUUAUAUGGUGUACAACAAAUCUCCUUUGGCACUCAUUCUAGGUAUACUGAGUGGUAAGCCAAAUAGUAAUUUUAAAAUUUACAAAUAUACUUUUUUUUUUCCUUAGUGCCAUGGUUUUAAAUAACAGUAUUAUAAUCACUGUAGAAAUUGUUAUAAUAGUUUUGGCAACCUUAUUUAUGUUAAUGAGGUUGAUGAUAUGAAAAAUAUAAAGGUUAUUAUUCUUUUUCGAGUAAAAUGGAUGCAUUAUCCAAUCUCUGAGGAAAUACAACCGCUAGAUUCAGUAUAUAUAAUAUCUAAAAGCUGGGUUAGAGCUAUCGAUCUAGAGUUCCAUAAUAUUAUCCCUGUAUGAUUAGGGACAUAUGUCACAACUCAGUCAUUUGCUUCUAGGAAAAUAUGUGUUGUUUCAAACGAAUGAAAAGAGGCAAUCAAACACUAGCAGUCUUGUAUCAAAGGAUGAGACUGAGAUUUUAAAGAUUGCGAGGCUGAUAACCAUCUAAUCACUAUUGAGGAAUCUCCCUGCGAAGCUCUCAAGAUAUCGAUGGAAUGUGUCAAAUUGCAUGCAAUUCAGUUGUUGCAACUUCGGCAUCAAAGAUUCUAACUCUAUCUGCAGCUAUGAAAAGACCUGUAGAACUUCUGAUAACAAAACCCGAACAACUAUAAGCACCUCUAUUCUGGAUGCCGGCAUCAAAGUUAAUCUUAUUUUUAGCAUACCCUUAAAUUUUCAUUUAUGAUGGACCAUUAUAACACAAAUAAUGAAUGCUAUCUUUCUUAUAUAUUCCUUUCAACAACAUAAUAUGGUUUUACAUUUCAAUUUUUCUCUCAAAUUUCCUCCAAAAGUGAAUGUAUAGUUCAUCUAAUAAAACAUGAACAAAAUAAUACCAUUAUUAUCCAUUAUUUUCUAUUAACAUAUUAUUAUAAUAGCUGUUAUUUCAAUCAUUGUUUUAAUAUAAACAUUCAGAUAAUUACUUUAAGAUAAAUAACAUAAUUAUAACUGUUACAACAGUCAAUAACAGGUUCAGUGGGGCUCAUAAUAAUGUGAUUACACACUAUUAAAAACUAUCCUCAAUGCAAUAAGGUAGUUGCUUGAUUUAGGUGUUGCCACAUGGUAUUCAUCUAUAUAUAUAUAUAUAUAUAGUACAUGAAUUCUUGCAUAAUUAUGUGAUUGGCAUUUUAAAAUACCUAAAAAUUAAUAAAAAUUAUAAGCAUAAAUAAAUUAAGUAAAAAUACAAAUAAUUUAAAAAAUGAAAAAAAAGAAGCAACUGUUAUGCAUGAAUUACAACUAAAUUUAAAAAAUGUCUAUUUUUUUUUUGCCGGAAGAAAGGAAAGAGAGGGGUGAGGAGGAUCUCACCCGCGUAGCAACCCUCACUGAGCCCCCUUUCCGCCGAAGAAUAUUCAAUAUGGGCGGACAAGUUUUACUCAUACCCUCUCCACCCGCAGGGGAGCCCCACUAACGUGGCA